AUGGCAUACGGCCCGUUCAGCUCGGGGAGUCCUGACGUCUGCGUUCUCUUUGAAUCCCAAUGCGACAACCUUGACGAAGCAGUCCUUCAUAUACGCCGUGCUAUCAAAGAGGAUCAAAAACUGACAUUCCUGACUGAUGUACUGGCCGAACUUCCCUCACUAUGGUCGUUGCUCACCGAGGCCGACCCAGAAUUGUCCCAAUUAUCCGGGGACAGCCAGCUCACGGCUUUGAAUGAGGUGGUGCAAGGCCGACUGCCUUCUAGUGCAGUAAAAGUUACAAACCUUGUUCUAACCCCACUGACAGUGAUCCUACAACUGGCAGAUUUUUUGAAGCUCGCAGCGGGUGCCAAUCAUCCAGCAUUCGGAUCACCGUCGUCAAUGAGAGCUAGAACGCACAUAACAGAUGUUCAAGGAUUCUGUGUUGGAAUUCUGGCGGCAAUUGCAGUUGCAACAUCACGAAAUGAAGGCGAUUUUCGAUCCAUUGCUUCAAAGGUCAUUCGACUAGCAGUAUAUGUGGGCGCGGUGGUUGACCUCGACGAGCGACUGUCAGGUAGUCAUUCCUCCCUGGCGAUCCGAUGGAGAUCAUCUGUACAAUACGUGAAGCUCCAGCAAUUUUUGAGCGAAAAUGCAACUGCCUAUAUAUCUUGCAUCACUGAUAGCAAUAACGUCACCAUCACAAUUCCAACUUUGACUUUAGACUCCGUGAUAGAGCAUUUCAGAAGUGUUGGUCUUACAGUGCAAGCCAUCGGGCUUAAAGGGCGAUUUCAUCAUGAGUCCUAUUGCGAUAAAGUUAGGUCGAUAUCAGCUCUCUGUGAGCGAGACAAUCGAUUCCGGUUACCUUGGGGGAAUUCCUUAGUUCAACCACUCCGGUCCACGGCCAAUGGCAAAAUCAUUGAAGAUCAGUUGCUCCACAAUGUUGCUAUGGAAUCGAUCUUGACUAGCCAGUGCCAUUGGUGGCAGACUGUCACUGCUGCUUUGGAAGACAGCCAGAAAGAAGUUCGUGUGAUGUCCGUCGGAUCUAAAUCCUGUGUUCCCCGAUCCGUGAGAGGCCAGAUGCUAGAAUCAACGAGCGAGCUGAUGAAAGAAGCAAUCUCGUCCACUCAGGCUGAAAAUCCACAGUAUAUUGCAAUUACUGGUAUGGCUGGKCGAUACCCUGGUGCUAACUCCCUAGAUGAGCUUUGGGAAAUACUGGAACUAGGGAAGUGCUGUGCUCAAGAAAUGCCAGAUGAAAGAUUCAAAUUCAGCCUAUUAAAGCGAGAGCCAAAGGGGCCCUUUUUCGGCAACUUACUAGCCCGACCAGAUGCCUUUGACCAUCGUUUUUUUGGGAUUUCGAAUCGAGAGGCUGAGAAUAUGGACCCUCAGCAACGCUUGCUGCUCCAAGUAGCAUAUGAAGCAAUGGAAUCAGCAGGCUACUGUGGUGUACAUGCCGCUGACCUCCCAAAAGACAUCGGGUGUUAUGUUGGGGUGGGAACCGAUGACUACACCGGCAACGUUGGCUCAAAACAUGCGAAUGCUUUUUCGGCCACUGGUACUUUGCAGGCGUUUAACACCGGUCGCAUCAGUCAUCAUUUUGGCUGGUCAGGUCCAUCAGUAGUUGUGGAUACAGCCUGUUCGUCCGCCGCAGUUGCUAUCCACUUGGCUUGCAAGGCCCUCAAUACAAAAGACUGCUCAAUAGCCGUCGCCGGAGGUGUGAAUGUCAUGACGAAUCCUCAAGUAAGCCAAAACCUGGCAGGAGCUUCAUUCCUUUCUCCUACAGGUGCCUCCAAGGCAUUUGAUGCGUCUGCGGAUGGAUACUGUCGCGGCGAAGGAGCUGGUCUGGUCGUCCUCCGACCUUUGGCAGAUGCUCUCCGCAAUCACGAUCCGAUUCUUGCUGUGAUUACUGGUUCCGCCGUUAAUCAGGGCUCGAACUCUUCGCCAAUUACCGUGCCCGACUCAAAUUCACAACGGGCUUUAUAUCACAAAGCACUUAGUCGAUCAGGUAUCAGCCCUAACGAGGUAACUUAUGUCGAGGCACAUGGAACAGGCACUCAAGUAGGGGACCCAAUCGAGUUUGAAAGUAUCCGAAAAAUGUUUGCCAACCCUCGGCGAACAGAGAAGCUCUGCGUGGGUUCCAUUAAAGACAAUAUUGGCCACACAGAGACAUCUUCUGGCGUUGCUGGUCUUUUAAAAACAAUCCUAAUGAUACAGAAUCAGCGAAUCCCCAAGCAGGCAAACUUUGUGCGAUUGAACCCCAAAAUUCCGUCACCAGAGCAUAGUGGAAUUAUUAUCCCCACCAAAUCUAUGACAUGGGCAUCGUCCCAACGCAUAGCGAUGGUUACCAAUUACGGUGCUGCCGGUAGCAACGCAGCCAUCGUCUUGAAGCAACAUACUGCUACCUCUACGCAAACGAAUACUAAAUUGUCUCACAUGCCAAUAAUCAUCAGUGCCAAGUCCGCCGAGUCACUGCAUGAAUAUUGUGCGGCUCUGCACCAGUGGCUGAUUCGGGCUUGUCCAGCAGUUCAGGAUGUAGCUUACAACCUGGCCAUCAAGCAGAACCGCGAUAUGGACUUUUUGGUAUCUUUGCCAAUCAUGGCAGACAGAGAUUCGUUAAUAUCUCAACUAAAAUCAGUGUCAUCUCCGACAUCGAGAUCCAUUCAAAAGACACCUUCUAAAGUCGAGAUGCCAGUCGUCCUAUGCUUUGGUGGCCAGAGUGGAAACACAGUACACAUAUCGCAGGAGCUGUUCAACGAAAGCAUUCUAUUUCAAAUGCACUUGAUGGCCUGCGAAAACACUGGUCAGCUCCUGGGCCUGCCAAGCCUCUUCCCAACAAUCUUCAAAUCUGAACCCAUCGCUGACAUUGUCCACCAUCACUUCAUCUUGUUCGCUAUCCAGUAUGCGUGUGCCAAGUCUUGGCUUGACUCCGGGCUGCGCGUAGACCGAAUGGUUGGCCACAGCUUCGGGCAAUUGACUGCCCUAUGCGUUUGCGGCACCAUAUCUCUGUCGGACUGUAUUAAACUGAUAUCCCAUCGAGCCCGCUUGAUCCAGACCCACUGGGGCCUGGAAACAGGUGUAAUGCUAGCUAUUGAAGCCACGGAGCAGGAAGUACGUGAGCUGUUGCUUCGCGUUCCUAACGCCCCAGAUGUGGCCUGUGUCAAUAGCAACCGCAACGUAGUGAUUGCAGGAGACGAAGCCUCUAUUCGAGCAGUUGAAAAAUUGGAUUGCCAUUAUCGAAUGAAAAGAUUGGAAAACACGCAUGCAUUCCACUCCAGACUAGUAGACAGCAUAGUCCCCGCUUUUACCGCUGUUGCCGAGUCUUUGAACUACCACAAUCCUUCGGUCAUACUUGAAGCCUGUACAUUGAUACCAGAGGACUGGUCUUCUGUUACCCCGAAGCAGAUAGUGCAGCACAGCCGAAACACCGUUUAUUUCCGCGAUGCUGUCGAACGAGUUGCAGCGCACACUAAGAGUCCUAGCAUUUGGCUAGAGGCAGGGUCCGGAUCGCCCGUGAUUCCGUUGGUGCGCCGCGUGUUGGACAGUCACCCUUCAUCCUCAGCUAAGGGCCACAUCUAUCAAUCAACCGAUUUUUCUGGAACUUUUGCCUUAAGAAAUCUAGCCAGUGCUACGAGUACGCUAUGGUUAAAUGGGUGCAAGGUGCAAUUCUGGCCCUUCCACUCUUCUCAGAGUUGCGACUAUAACUGGCUCACGCUGCCUCCGUAUCAGUUUCUCAAGACAAGUCAUUGGAUUGAUUAUGAUCCUACAGCAUUCAAUGAGGCUCCGAUGUUGGAGCAGCCUUUGCAUGGGAGUUCAGAACUGGUACAGGUACUAGAGAAAGGGACUGAUAGAUGCUCCUUCAAAAUAAACACACGGCAUAGUCUAUACCAGAAAUGCACAAAGGGCCACGCUGUCGUAGACCAAAGUCUGUGCCCUGCAUCCAUGUACAUGGAUAUUGUGGUAAGUGCUGCUACCACGGUUUUCCCCGAAAAAUCGUCAGAGGGCAUGAUCCAGUUCGAAGAUCUUUCUAUCUCAUCUCCACUUGUUUUGGAACCACAGCAACAGGUUUUCCUUAGCUUGUCCAGAUUGACGCCGAACAAAGAACAGUGGACAUUCGUUUUAUUCAGUGGAAAACUAGAAAACCAGGAAAAUUCGAUUACACAUUCUACGGGCAAAAUUGCAUUCCAUGCAUUCAAUAAACCAUCUACAGUUCUGACGCGGUUCGAUCACUUUGGGCGGCUGGUUAAUACAGAUCGCGAAAAGACCAUUGUCGAUUCCUCAACAUUGAAUGGACUGCUAGGGAAGAUGGUCUACCAGGCUAUGAACCGCGUGACCGUAUACGCUGAUUACUAUCGAGGCGUCCAGAAGGUACUGGCCAAUGGUCAAGAGGCCAUCGGGCAUGUGAAUCUCAUCAACUCGUUAACUAAAGAUCGGGCCUGCGAUCCCAUUCUGCUGGAUAAUUUCUUGCAAGUGGCUGGAAUACACGUGAAUUGCAUGUCAGAGCACAGCGAUGAUGAGGUCUACGUCUGUAGCGGUCUCACUGAGAUCCUACUGGGUCGAACUUUCAUGCAGAGAGAUCAGAACGCUUCGAGCUCUUGGCUCGUAUACACAAACUACUCCCGACAGUCUGGCACCCAAAUUACCAGCGAUAUCUUUGUCAUGGACGAUCAGACCGGCAAGCUAGCACUGGCCAUAUUUGGAGCUGCUUUUACAAAACUGUCUAUUCGGGCCCUGACGCGCACUUUGGCUCGAUUGAACAACUCCGGAGAAAUGUCCAUACCUAAGACCACUCUAAUUGAGUUGCCAAAACCUGCAGAGCCUCUGCUCAAUGGGUAUCAAACAGCGCCCCUCACACCUUUAUCUGAGUCGGCAGCAAGCGACAACGACAUUUUUCAGCGGGUUCAGGAAAUGCUGUGCGAAUUGCUCGGAGUUUCCCUCGAUGAAGUUUCGCCGCCGGCAUUUCUCAAUGACAUUGGGGUAGACUCUCUCAUGAGCACCGAACUUAUAUCCGAGAUCAAGAAACGGUUCAAUGUAAGCAUAUCGAAUGGAGAUUUUGCGCAGAUGGUCGAUGUGCAGACGCUAGUGCGAUUCAUUCUGCAACCUGAUAUGUCGUUGAAACCCCCAGAGGUUGAGUCUCAGCCUGAGGUCGAGCCCGAGCCUGUUUACAUGAAUGGUCAUGCGAGCCCUCAGAAUGAAGCUCCCUUAGAUGGCGUCGCACAGAUAGGAGUUGCCUCUCUGGCUCAAGAUAUUUUCACAACCAGCAGGUUUGAUAUAUCUUUUGGCGCAAAGACGAAGUGGAAUGGUUUUUGUCGUGACGUUUAUCCUCAACAGAUGGCUCUCGUGACCGCAUACGUAGUAGAGGCCUUCGAAACCCUCGGUUCCUCAUUGGAAGCUUUCUCAUCUGGUCAGGUUGUUCCUCUGAUACCGGUUAUUUCUCGACAUGAAAAACUUCGAAAGCAACUCUAUCGCAUUUUAGAACACUCGGACCUCAUCAAUCAAAGAAAAACGGGAGACUAUCACCGUACAGAAACUCCUGUUCCUAACAUAAGCUCAACAACUCUACACGAGCAGAUAUUACGCGACUACCCACAACAUGAAUCUGAGCAUCGGCUGCUCCAUAAGACCGGUCCCCAUUUAGCGGCAUGCCUCACAGGUGAUGCUGAUGGGCUAUCACUGAUCUUCAAAAACGUCGAAGCUCUUCGUUUAGUUGAGGACACUUAUACAUCAGCGCCUAAUUUCAAGUCUGCCACGAUGCACCUGACCCAGUAUCUCUGCGAGAUUGCUACGCAAUUUGGAAAUCGACGUGAAAUCAAGAUUUUGGAGAUUGGAGCCGGUACUGGUGGUACCACCAAAUAUUUACUCGAGCAGCUUACCGCUCUUCCUGGAGUUCGUCUACAAUAUACAUUUACUGAUAUCUCUUCAUCACUGGUGAAGCUUGCUCGCAAAAAGUUUCAGCUAUAUGAUUUCAUGCACUACACUACCCUGGACAUUUCAAAUGCUCCUCCAGCGGACCUUCAAGGCCAGUUUGACGUGGUUCUUUCAAGCAAUUGUAUCCAUGCUACCCGGAAUUUAACAGAAUCCUGCACGAACAUUAGAAAGCUUCUUCGACCCGAUGGAAUUUUGAGUCUGAUAGAGCUUACGGGCAAUCUGUACUGGUACGACCUUGUAUUUGGUCUUUUGGAAGGUUGGUGGCUUUUUGAAGACGGACGUCAACAUGCUCUCGCCAGCGCACAGCACUGGGACCAAAUUCUCCGGCAGUCCGGGUAUGAAUGGGUGGAUUGGACAAGGAAUGAUCUCCCAGAGUCUGAUAUCUUGCGAGUGAUUGUUGCUUCUCCAUCUGGCGGGCAACUUUCAGUCGACGAAGAAGUUCCUCUUGUUACCCAAGAAACUGUCAUUUUUGACGAAAAGGAUGGAGUACCGCUCUGCGCAGAUAUUUAUUAUCCUGAGAGCAUUGACUAUAGUCGGUCGAGCCGCCCAAUUGCCCUUAUGAUCCACGGCGGUGGCCAUGUCAUGUUGUCUCGUAAAGACAUUCGCCCUGCACAGACUCAAAUUUUGCUAGAAGCUGGAUUUCUUCCUGUCAGCAUUGACUAUCGUCUUUGUCCCGAGACAUCCCUUCUUGAAGGUCCAAUGCGGGACGUGCUCGAUGCCCUGUGCUGGUCUCGUGAGAAACUACCACAUAUCGCCCUCAGUCGGCGUGAUAUUCGGCCGGAUGGAGAUCGUGUAGUGGCAGUUGGUUGGUCCUCUGGGGGGCACCUGGCAAUGACCCUUGCAUGGACUUCUAAAGCUCGUGGCGUCGUUCCCCCUCAGGCAGUGUUAGCCUUCUAUUGCCCAUGUGACUAUGAAGAUACAUUCUGGUCCCAGCCGAAUUUUCCAUUCCAACAAGAAGCCAUAUAUCGAUCAGGGGAGUAUGACUUAUGGGAAGGACUCUUCGACAAGCCCAUCACGUCUUAUAACCCUCCACGGGCCUUGGGUGGGUGGAUGGCCCCGAAUGACCCUCGGAGUCGGAUCGCCUUGCACAUGAACUGGAAAGGCCAAACACUCCCUAUCCUGCUGGAAGCAUCGAAGCAUAAGAAAGAGAGCCAGGCCUGUAAUGGCUAUAACUCAGAGAAGCUUUUCCCCCAGCCUAGUCAGGAGGAAAUCAGAGCCAUCAGCCCUCUUGCUCAAGCUCGUGCCUGGCUAUACAACACACCUACUUUUAUGAUUCAUGGGACGUUAGACGAUUUGAUUCCCUACCAGCAAGCCCAGAGGACCCAUGACGCGAUCGUUGCGAGUGGUGUUGAUGCGGAGAUUCGCAUUCUUGAUGAAACAUUGCACCUCUUCGAUAUCUACCCUGAUUAUGAAAACAAUUUGAAGGCCGUGAAAGCUGUGGCUGAUGGAUAUGAGUUUCUUCGCCGUCAUGUUCAAUGA